AUGAGCACGAUCCCUUCGAAUGCCGCCAUCGAUGGCGCUUUCGACAUUAUCUCGAGCACGAAUUCGAAUGAAAAAAAUGAUAUUAAAAAGUAUCCCGAAGAAGCCAUUGUUAUUGCUGAUGAACAGUCUUUGUACAGCCAAGAUUCCCCCGAGAAACCUAUUUCCGAAGGAAUUGUUGUUGAUGGCGAAACGUAUUUUUCUCCUACCGACGAGGAAUUCAAGACCCUUAAACGUGUUCCUAGUGGCGUUCCCUUUGCUGCUUGGGUAAUUUGUGUCGUCGAACUUUGUGAACGGUUUGCUUACUAUGGUUUAAGUGUUCCUUUCCAAAAUUACAUGCAAUUUGGCCCUCACGAUUCAACGAAAGGUGCUUUGAGCCUUGGUGAAUCCGGUGCUACUGGCCUUUCUAACUUUUUUCAAUUUUGGUGUUAUGUGACACCUGUCUUCUCUGCCUUCGUCGCCGAUCAAUUCUUGGGCCGUUAUAAUACAAUCUGGAUUAGCGCUGCUAUUUACUUUGUUGGUAUUCUCAUUCUUACCUGUACCGCCAUUCCAUCAGUCGUGGAUGCUGGAAAAAGUAUGGGUGGUUUUGUUGUUUCCCUUAUUAUCAUUGGUAUUGGUACCGGUGGAAUUAAGUCAAAUGUCUCUCCUUUGAUGGCAGAACAACUCCCAAAGGUUCCUCCUUACGUUAAAACUUUGAAGAACGGAAACCGUGUUAUUGUUGAUCCCGCCAUUAGUACUUCUCGUGUGUAUAUGUUGUUCUAUUGGGCUAUUAAUCUUGGAUCCCUUUCUGUUCUUGCUACUACUAAUUUGGAGCGCAAAACUGGUUUUGUUUACUGCUACUUGCUUCCCCUCUGUGUUUUUAUUAUUCCCUUGGUCAUCGUCUUUACUACCAAGCGUAUCUACAAACACACUCCCCCGGCUGGCUCUAUCUUUGUGAGGGUUAGUCAAGUCUUUUAUCUUGCCAUUCAAAACAGGUUCAACUUUGAAGCCACCAAACCCUCUUAUCCCGACACAAAAGGUAAGGUUGCACUUAAAAACAAUUGGGAUGAUUUAUUUAUUGAUGAAUUUCUUCGUGCUUUGCGUGCAUGCAAAACCUUCCUUUUUUACCCUUUCUAUUGGGUUUGUUAUAACCAAAUGACAAAUAACUUAAUUUCUCAAGCCGCUCAGAUGGAUACUGGAAAUGUUUCAAACGACAUUUUCCAAGUCUUUGACUCUAUUGCUAUCAUUAUCUUUGUUCCUAUUUGCGAUUACGGAUUAUACGCUCUUUUGCGUCGUCUUCGUAUUAAUUUCCGUCCUGUUGCUCGUAUUAGCGUAGGUUUCAUGUUUGCUACUGCUGGCAUGAUUUAUGCAUCCGUCUUACAGUCUAAGAUUUAUAAAACUGGCCCUUGCUACAGCCAUUUCACUGACACAUGUACUUACAACCACAUUAACGUGUGGAUUCAAAUUCCUGCUUAUGUCUUAAUUGCAUUCUCUGAAAUUUUUGCAGUUAUUACUGGUUACGAAUAUGCUUAUACGAAGGCUCCUGCUUCCAUGAAAUCUUUUAUUUCUUCUUUGUUUUUGUUAACCACCGCUUUUGGUUCCAUUUUGUCUAUUUGUAUCUCCUCUACUGCUGUGGAUCCCAAGCUUACUUGGAUGUAUGCUGGUAUUGCUAUCACUGCCUUUAUUACCGGUAUUGCAUUUUUCGUGUGCUUCCACCAUUACGAUAACAUGGAAGAGGAUGAAAAGAAACUUGAGUAUGCUCGUGAUAUGCAGAACCGUAAACAAGCUGUUGCUGAUGAGGUUGCGAAAAGCUAUUCUUUUGAAAAAGCACCUACAGAAGGUAACCCUCAUGAUCUUGAGACUUUCGCAGCUGUUGAAGAAUCUCUGAGGGCUUAA